AGCGGAGCGGUGGAUUUGGACGGUACCUGUGUGUGCUGUGGAGAGCGCAUCAUGCGGACUCGGAUGUCGCGCACAUCGAGCCAUUAAAACCUGUACGCUGGAGCGAAAACAGAAAAGCGGAUAUGGGCUCUGCUCUACAGCGUCACUGGCUAUUGUUCCAACUCCUGAUGCAGGUGUGGCUGGCCGCAAAUCCAUCCCUGAGUGACCGCCACUGCCCUAAGAGUUGUCGCUGUGAUGGAAAAAUUGUUUACUGUGAGUCAAGCGCCUUUCGUGAUGUCCCCAAGAACCUCUCAGGAGGAUGUGAGGGCCUGUCAUUGCGGUAUAACAGUCUCUCCAGUCUUCGUGCAGGCCAGUUUGUUGGCCUCAACCACCUUAUCUGGCUCUACUUGGACCAUAAUUACAUUGCCUCUGUGGAUGCAAUGGCUUUCCAGGGGGUCCGCAGGCUUAAAGAACUAAUUCUUAGUUCCAACAAGAUCACAUCGCUUCAAAAUACAACAUUUCAUCCUGUUCCUAAUCUGCGGAAUUUGGACUUGUCAUACAAUAAAUUACAAGCAUUGCAACCCGGGCAAUUCCAAGGUUUACGGAAGCUUCUCAGCCUUCACAUACGGUCUAAUUCCCUAAAAACUCUGCCAAUGCGUCUCUUUCAAGAUUGUAGAAAUCUUGAAUUCCUUGAUCUUGGUUACAACCGCCUGCGGAGUAUCACUCGUAAUGCACUUUCUGGCCUCGUCAAACUCACUGAGUUGCAUCUGGAGCACAAUCAGUUCUCCAAGAUCAAUUUCUCCCAUUUUCCUAGACUCUACAAUCUACGGGCUCUUUACCUGCAGUGGAAUCGCAUUCGGUCAAUGAGCCAGGGCCUUACUUGGACCUGGGCCUCUGUCCAGAAACUGGAUUUAUCUGGAAAUGAACUUACAGAAGUUGAUCCUGUUGUUUACCAAUGCUUACCGAACCUGCAAUCUCUCAACCUGGACUCUAAUAAGCUAACCAAUGUUUCUCAGGAGGUUGUUGAUGCUUGGAUCUCCCUUACCAUGAUUAGUUUAGCAGGAAAUGUUUGGGACUGUAGCCCUGCCAUCUGUCCUCUGGUAGCUUGGCUCAGAAACUUUAGAGGGGCAAAAGAGACAACAAUGAUUUGUGCCUCUCCAAAGAAAGCCCAGGGAGAGAAAGUGAUGGAUGCAGUAGAAGCCUUUGGAGUUUGUCAAUCAAUUCAAGGGACAACACUCACAAUGAGUGUUACUCCAAACCUAUCCAGUGUCCCCAUGCAGACAGAGCAUAACCCAUCUAUUCUGGCUUUACCAACUAAUUCUGGAAAGAGAGCUGAUGGAUCUCCUUGGGGUCCUACAUCAUUAGCAGUUACCCCACCUGUUGCACUUCCUCCAGAGCAAGACCUGGAGCCCGUAUCAUUCCAUAAGAUUGUGGCUGGAAGUGUUGCCCUGUUUCUGUCUGUUGCAAUGAUCCUGUUGGUAAUAUAUGUGUCUUGGAAGCGCUACCCUAACAGCGUCAAACAGCUCCAGGAGCACUCUGCAGCAGCACGUAAGCGUCGCAAGAAACCUCGAGAGACAGAGCGCACACUUAGCUCCCCUCUGCAGGAGUACUAUGUGGACUACAAGCCCAACAAUUCUGAGGCCAUGGAUGUUCUGGUCAAUGGUACAGGACCAUGCACGUACACCAUCUCAGGCUCCCGGGAAUGCGAGGUAUGACCUACACUAUAAUCCACAAUAAAGAAGUUAUUACAGGCAAAUUACAAAUGGAAAGAAAUGACUUCUUGUAUUUAGCUGGGUCUGUGAAAAGUUUCCUCAAAUCUAUCUUUGGAGGCCAUAUUUGUUUUAUUACAGAUUUGAAAGAAAUAUAGAUAAAUUGCAUUUUUUUCAGAACUAUAUAUGCUUAAGAUUAUGCUAUUUUAAGUUGGUUUUGUUUCCUUGUAUAGAGCUCACAAGCUGGUAGUCUGAGUUUGAAUGCUUUUAAAUAAUAAGAAUACAUAAAUAAAUUUUUUUGA